AUGUCCCAGUCCGACUAUGGCACGCGAUUGGAUCAAACACGGAUAUCCGAUUCGCAUCUGCGUCAACCAACUGGCACAGUCCGGACUGGGGGCUCCACAAUGGACGACGACAACGAGAGCACAAACAACAACAAUAGCACAUCCCGAAACACCUCGGUAAUCUCAGCCCCGGCUACCCCAUCUCGAAGAGACCGAUCACUUGUUGAGACACAAUUGCGCCGCCGUGUCCUACGCCAGUCAAAACGUCACACCCUAUCGGUCACUUCUGGACUUCAACAGCGCGGCCCAACGGACACGUUUCCCUCGGGCAGUUUUGGCACUCGACCGAAUCGAGUUUUGCAUGAGAGUAUUUCGGAAAUCCAUAGUCCUAAGCGAUCCACAGACGAUGAACAGGAACCGAAUUCGGAGGAUGUGUACAAUCAGUCCGGUCGACAUUAUACGCUUCCUUUGAGCCGAAAAUCCGCCCGAUGCCCAGGCACAGAGACUAGUCUGUAUCAGCCGACUCGUGCGACCAGUUCUGCCCGGCCACAACGUGCUUGCGCAAAUCUAACCGCAACUAAAUCGGCCGGGUCGAUGCCUACCGAAAACACUCUGCUUUUCAACUCACUGGAUAAUUAUGAGUGCAAAGAGAUUUUCAAAUGGAACAAGACGCGUUCGUCACUUCCACCGGGUAGUUUGGCUCCACCUUGGGAGGUGAACAUGCCAACCAGGUUGGAUGAUGAUCACAAUCGUGCUCGUGCAUACACUCCACGUACCCAGCCCCACCGGGACAGCUGUUCUCCUGCACCCGCAUCCAGAUCCUAUCAGAGACCUGGGUCGCUGAAUACGGGAACAUCCACAUCACGAAUCAGACCGUUACAAAAUACAGUGGAUCCGCAUCUUCAAUCGACCGAGGGGCGGUCAGCUUCUGUGGCUCGAGAUAAUAAAAUGACCACUUCGGAAAAUCCAUCACCCGGAUCUUCUUCAGAUCUCAGCGAUCCCGUAUCCGAGUCUGUCCCAUCGACUGGGACUCGCUCAUCCUCGAGUCGUUCGAAGACAACUGUUCCCACAAACGUGGAAUCGCGUCGGGACACCGGGAAAACCAAGGGAGGCUGCGCCGGUCUUACCGCACGUCACCGAAACGCAACUGUCGACCCGGGGACUGCCACUCGAGUUGCUAUAGCUCACAUGAAUCAGACCAAGGGUCAGCUGAAAAAAGCAAUCUCUACCAUAUCAGUCGAACAGACUGGAUUGAAUUCCUCCGGGUCCCGGUCUCAAGCGUAUGCUGAUCGGUCUCAACGUGGACAACGUGCUAUUCAGGACGAUUCUGCCACAUUUAGCUCUGCCGGCACAGCCAAAUCCGGCUCACAGCCACUUGGUCGUGCUGUGAGUCAUGUGCUUCUGACCAGUCCCACCGGUAGUCAUCGUUCUCCGUUGGUUACCAGAGCUCGUUGGUUGCCGGAACCCACCUCACCGAAACAUUCUGCCGGUGCGACUACUGGUACAACGAACACUGUAAGCGUGUCUAGGGACACGAAUGUCUCUACAUCAAAGACCAAACCCCUAGUGCGCAGUCCUACAACUCCGUCAGUGGCCCGUCCCACCGAGCUUCGGCUGAACCGAGUCUCACAGGCCGAACCCAAAGCACCGACACGUACCCGAGAUCAUGCGAAAUCACCGACUGUGGCCGGUGGCGGAGACGUACCAGGGCCCGUACAGACUUUGGGGAAAUCCGGUCCGACCAAAUUAGAUCCGGAUUCCACUCAGACUACGAGUAAGCACCAGCGACCGACACAUUUGAUUCUCGCGGACUCGGUAUUGCUAAUUUUUAUUGCAAAAAGAAACUACGAAAACAGUAGUAAUGGUGUUGAUGGCGGUGGUGGUGGUACUGAUCUUUUUAUGGGCUUGAAAAGUGUCCGAUACUUACCGACUGUGUCUUCCAAUUCCACACUGGAAGAGAGCGACAAAUUUCGUGCUACUCGAGAUGCUCUCGAAGCGGUUCAAGACGCGUUGACUUUGGCCGUGCAACGCUGUUCGGAAUUCAAAAGUAGCAAUCCCGGUUGUGAAGAAGAGCACAGUAUGAAUGCAUUACGCGCCCUCUUGCCCGCGUGCUACUGGCNGCGACUGAUUCCCAAACUACAUGCUCGUGCUGGCGAUUCGGAUCGGGCAGACAGUGCGAUCCGGACCGUGGAAACUAAAACUGCGGCCGAACGCGAGGAUGCCCUGGAUGAGUGGGUGGCGGACAGCACGACUGAGGCUGCCGUAUCCACCGGCACGGAGGAAGCAGACGAAGUGGCUGUUCGAGAUCAGGACCCCGGACGGGAAGAGUAUACGUGCGAAAACAUGCUCCGACCAUCAGCUUUCACGGAUCGGGUCUCAUGGACUGUUGUGGACAAUCGUGCUGUUGUCUCGGAAGAAACCUGA